CGGCGGCGGGGCGCGGGGCGGCGCGGCGGGGCCCCUCCCCCUUGCAGCCUGGCGCGCGCCGGCCGGGCCGCACCGCUGCGGGCUCCGCGCGCGCGGGCCAUGUCCGCCUUCUGCCUGGGCUUGGCUGGCCGCGCUUCAGCACCCGCCGAGCCGGACAGCGCCUGCUGCAUGGAGCUGCCCGCUGCGGCCGGGGACGCAGUCCGGGGUCCUGCCGCCGCCGCUCUCAUCUCCUUCCCCGGGGGCCCGGAGGAACUGGAACUGGCGUUAGAGGAGGAGCUGGCGCUGCUGGCGGCCGUGGAGCGGUCGUCCGACCCCGGGGAGCAUCUUCAGGCCGAGCCAGGGCCUGCAGCCGAGGGGGCCGGACGGCAGCCACCGCCCGCCCAAGACCCCGAGCUGUUGUCGUUGAUCCGGCAGAAGGAGAAGGAUCUGGUGUUAGCAGCCCGGCUGGGCAAGGCGCUGCUCGAGAGGAACCAGGAUAUGAGCCGGCAGUACGAGCAGAUGCACAAGGAGCUGACAGAUAAGCUGGAGCACUUAGAACAAGAGAAACAUGAAUUGAGAAGACGAUUUGAGAACCGAGAAGGGGAGUGGGAAGGGCGAGUGUCAGAGCUGGAGAGUGAUGUGAAACAGCUACAAGAUGAGUUAGAGAGGCAGCAAGUUCAUCUGCGGGAAGCAGAUCGAGAAAAAACACGGGCUGUCCAGGAACUAUCAGAACAGAACCAAAGAUUAUUGGAUCAACUCAGCAGGGCAUCAGAAGUGGAGAGACAACUCUCCAUGCAGGUCCACGCCCUCAGAGAAGACUUUCGUGAGAAAAACUCAUCAACCAACCAGCACAUCAUCAGGCUGGAGAGCCUUCAGGCCGAGGUGAGCCUCCUGAUCAAGAUGCUGUCAGAUCGGAAACGGGAGCUGGAGCAUCGUCUCAGUGCCACCUUAGAGGAAAAUGACCUGCUCCAAGGGACUGUUGAAGAGCUGCAGGACCGGGUGCUGAUCCUGGAAAGGCAGGGACAUGACAAAGACCUACAGCUUCACCAAAGCCAGCUGGAGCUCCAGGAGGUGCGUCUCUCCUACCGGCAGCUGCAGGUGAAGGUGGAAGAACUCACUGAGGAGAGGAGUCUGCAGAGCUCUGCUGCCACCAGCACUUCCCUUCUGUCAGAGAUCGAGCAGAGCAUGGAGGCCGAGGAGCUAGAGCAAGAGAGAGAACAGCUGAGACUGCAGCUCUGGGAAGCCUAUUGCCAGGUUCGCUAUCUCUGCUCACACCUUCGAGGAAAUGACAGUGCCGACUCAGCCGUCUCCACAGACUCUUCAAUGGAUGAAUCUUCAGAAACCUCAUCUGCCAAGGAUGUGCCAGCUGGCAGCUUGCGCACUGCCCUCAAUGAGCUCAAGAGACUGAUACAGAGCAUUGUUGAUGGCAUGGAGCCCACGAGCUCCCGGAGACUUGAUGAUGACUCCUUAGAAGAACAGAUAAGGCAGACGAGUGAGGACUCGAGGGCCCUAAGGGAGCUCAUGGAGGGAGAGAGGGGUAAACUGAGGCAAAGCCUAGAAGAGCUACAGCAACUCCACAGUCAGGUAACACUGCUGAGUGUGGAGAUGACUGCACUCAAAGAGGAGAGAGACCGACUCAAAGUGACAUCUGAGGACAAGGAGCCAAAGGACAAGGAGCAGCUUCAGAAGGCCAUCAGGGACCGGGAUGAGGCCAUUGCAAAGAAAAAUGCUGUGGAGCUGGAACUUGCCAAGUGCAGGAUGGACAUGAUGUCUCUGAACAGCCAGCUGCUGGAUGCUAUUCAGCAAAAGCUGAACCUCUCCCAACAGCUGGAGGCUUGGCAGGAUGACAUGCACAGGGUCAUUGACCGGCAGCUGAUGGACACGCACCUGAAGGAACGGAGCCAGCCGGCUGCUGCCUUCUCCAGGGGCCACAGUGCAGGGCGGGGGGAUGAGCCCAGCACCACUGAAGGCAAACGGCUCUUCUCAUUCUUCAGGAAAAUUUAAGUUGGGAGGAAUCAGGCCACCAAGGAUGGUGGGUGGACUGGGGGAGGCUGAAAAGGCGGUGGGGGCAAGGACCUCCCUUGAUGGCCUGGAGCUCAGCAGUUGCACUGCCCCCAUGCUAGGGCCCAGUGGGUCUGGAAGACGUACUCCCUUUUGCUGGCAGGGAUGGAGACCUUGAGGGUGGGGGCCUGCCUGGCCUCCGAAGGCUGCCCUCACCCCAGCUCCUGGCAGAGCCUUUCCCAGGAUUCUGUCACUGAGCAGGCCUCAGGCUGCUUCCCAGAGUGGCCCCUUUGUUGGGCUCUGCAGCUCAGACCCAGUGGACUGCAGCUCACCCUGUAGGUAUUACUUGCCUCCCUGGUUUUAGAAAAUGGGUAACAGAAGAAAUGGAGGCUCUUCUGUGCAUGCCUCAGAAGGCCUGGGCCUCGGGGCUUAUUCUGAGGGGCAGCAGGCCCAGGCCUAAGCCUCCUUCCUUCCCCAGUCUCAGCCUAGGGAGUAAGGAGAGGCAGCCCUUCACCCACGUGCAUGCAUCUCUGCCAGAGCACCUCUGUGGCCACAGGGCCUAAGAAUUGGGGCCCACCCAAGCUUGGCUGAGGCCAUCCCAAUCCCCAGGGAGGAAGGAGGCCCUGUCGCCUGGCUGCCUCUGCUGUCCUUUCCAACAUCUUUCAGUGCAGUCUUUGCCCCUUAGCAGAGCCCACACCAGAGAGUGUGUUCUAACUGGUCUGCUGCUGGCUUCAGCCAUCUAGCCCUUUCUCCUUCACAGGACCAGGGUUGGGAGGGGUCUCCUCUUCCUGUAGCCCCUACCCCUUACAUAUAUAACUUCUUGGCCCAGCCAAGCAAGUCCAGGCUACAGAAUGGCCCCAGAGGUGUCUGUGGUCAACCAGCCCCCACCUUGAAGGCAGUAUUGGCACCACAGGAUGGACGGGAGGGGAGAGGCUAUUGGAGCCUCCAGAUAACUGCCCACCAGGACUAGGCCUGCCCCUGCUGCUGCUCCUCCCUUGGCAGCCACUCCCGUCUGCACCCAGGCCCCAGUAGCAGCUUCAAGGCUGCCCACAGCUGAUCCAGUCUCCCUCCCUCACCAUGGGAAAGCACAGCAGGGAUGAGAGGAAAGAAUGUACUUAUAGAUAUGUACAUACCACAGUGCUGUAAUUUUGUAUGUAACAAUCAUGUAAAUACAUGUAUGGGUUUUAUAAUAUAUAUAAAUCUAUAAAGGCAUAUUUUUAGAAAAACAGCAUACCAUUGCUUCUUUUGAAAAUAGUCUGAAUAAGAAUAAAAUGAAUUUCUACA